AAUAUGCUGGACUUUGUGUUUGCUGUUGAUGAUUCUGUGACCUGGCAUAUGAUGAACUUGUUAAAGAACAGGAGUCAUUAUUCCUUUCUAAAAGUUUUUGGGCCAAAACAGAUAAGUAGUAUACAGAGCUACGGAGCAGGGAUUUACUACAAUACUUUAGUGCCAUGUAAUGGUCGGAUGAUAAAAUAUGGUGUAAUUAGCACUGAUACCCUGAUUGAUGAUUUACUUCACUGGAAAACCCUCUAUGUCGCUGGACGCCUACAAAAACCGGUGAAAAUAUUGACACAGAAUGAGAAUAGCAAGCUGCAAGCUGCUCUUGUUAGCAAUCUGAAGAGUGCAGUCACAGCAGCCUUUCUCAUGCUACCAGAAAGUUUCUCUGAAGAAGACCUCUAUAUGCAGAUUGCAGGACUCUCCUAUUCUGGUGACUUCAGAAUGGUAAUAGGAGAAGACAGAUCGAAAGUGCAGAACAUAGUGAAACCUAAUGUUCCCCAUUUUCAGAAGCUGUACAGUAACAUAUUACAGGACUGCCCUCAAGUGGUAUAUAAGCACCAUCUGGGAAGGCUAGAGAUUGAUAAAAGUCCAGAAGGUCAAUUUACACAACUAAUGGCUUUGCCAAGGACUCUGCAACAAAAGAUAACUUCUCUGGUAGACCCUCCUGGAAAAAACAGAGAUGUGGAAGAAAUUUUACUGCAAGUUGCCCAUGACCCUGACUGUGGAUUUGUGGUGCAUCAAGGCAUUUCAGGAAUUGUGAGAUCUUCCAGUAUAGUACAGAGUGCUAAAACCAUACUAACAGCUGGGGCAAAGAAAUCUAUUACUUACAGUAUGAAGAAAUUAUAUAAAAUGACAAAGGGAUGGUUAAGGAAGACAUCUUGAGUCUUGACGUACUGUGUAUGGGUAAAUAA